AAUUCAAUGACUUACCGCAUGAUAGAGCUAGUGAGCAGUGGAAUUCGUGUAUCACAUUAGUGUACGCUUGAUUUAUCUGAGUGGCUAUCGUUAUUAUUUUAUCUCCAGUCAGUGUACGUUAGGGAGAAAACUCGAUACGCAUGUAGAAUUUCAAGUGUUAAACUUCUGUGGAACACAGACUUGUUAUACUAAUCUAUUGCUCGAAGAAUAACUUGUUAUGUGAGAUGUCUCAACCACCAGUUUACGUAUGCAAGUUGUCGGUUGAGGAGAAAAAAUUUGCGGCGGUUAAUUUAAACGAGACUGAUGCGGUUAGGGAGCUAAAAAUCGAGGAGAUUAGACAAUGGAUUUUGAGAAACAAGGAUCUAUGUGCUCGUACAGACGACUUUUUUAUUCUGCGGUUUCUACGCGGUUGUAAAUUCGAUGUCGAAAAAACCAAGAAAAAGUUUUGUAAUUACCAUGAAUUAAGAGCGCGCAGUCCUGAAUGGUACAGUUAUCGAGAUCCUUUUCUACCGGAACUGCUGGAACUGUUCGAUUUGGGGGUUUUUUUACCUUUGAGAAAAGUCGACAGUGAAGGACGUAUGGUAAUCCUUAUCAGGGUAGCAGUGCACGAUCCAAUUAAACAUAAGCAAGCCAACGUAUUCAAGGCUGGUAAAAUGAUCUUGGAUGUAGCAAUAAAGCAAAACGAAAUGGUUUCUUUACAUGGUGUCAAAGUAGUUUUCGACCUAAAUGGCGUAACAUUGAAUCAUGCUCUUCAAAUGCCACCUAGUGUUGUCAAGCGUCUUGUGCAUUCCUGGCAAGGCUGUUACCCUAUGCGAAUUCAAUCUAUGGAUUUCGUGAACGCUCCUAUUUAUGUGAACGUGGUGCUGAACGUAUUCAAGCAAUUUAUGAGUCACAAGUUAAGAAAAAGAAUUCAUAUUCAUAAUCAGGGAAUCAAAGCAAUACAUAAAAUAGUACCCACGAAUAUCUUACCAAUCGAAUAUGGCGGUACUGACGGUACUCUUCAAGAUUUAAAAGAAUACUGGACGCAUGUCGUUCAAGAUAAUCAGGAUUGGUUCGCGGAAGAUGAAAAGUACAAAAUGAUUUUGUAAACAUGAAAUGAACAUUUAUAACGAUGGG